AUGGCUUGGGCUGGGGUGUGGUUGUUUGUGUGUGUCAGUGUGAGUGUAUCUGUCCAUCUGACCCUUGGGGUGCCCCCCCAGCACCGCGGCUGGCUGCGUCUAUGGGAGGAGGGCGAGGGCUGUGGGGAGUGUGAGAGGGAGCGCUGCCCUCAGGCGCCCUCUAACUGUCCAGCAGGGCGAGUGCAGGACAGCUGCGGCUGCUGUGAGCAGUGUGGCAACGUGGAGGGGCAGCAGUGUGACCCGGAUGGGGCGCAGGAGUUCUACGGGAGCUGUGGAAAGGGGUUAGUCUGCCAGAGGAGAACCAGGAGAGGACGGAGGGGCCGUGGGAGGGGAGAACCAGAACCUAAGUGUGUGUGUGAGGCACAGGGUUCUGUGUGUGGCUCUGAUGGACGUACCUAUCCCAACCUGUGUCAGCUGAGAGAGGCAGCCAGCCGGAAAGGAACCACUCUGAGGCUCACUGGACAGGGACCAUGCUACUGUGGUGACUAUACUCAAUUCUUAUUAUAGCAUCAGUCAGGUAAAAGCUAUUGAUCUAAGAAUAGAGUAGAGAGAGUGUUGCUGUAACAUGGUUUUAAGGUCUUAAAAGAGCUAUUUCUUGAAAGAACUAUAGAUCAUAUUUCUAGAUUCACUACAUUAUUACAUUUUUAAAAAGUCAUGUGGAUAUGUUCUGUGAAAAGAGCCAUAAUGUAAACUCUCAUCUCUAUAUGGCGUUCAUCUCUGGCUCAGCCCCUCGUAUCUCCAGAGCCCCCAGAGACCUGUCCAACUACACUGGGAACGAUAUUGUGUUUGGCUGUGAGGUCUCUGCCUUCCCUCUGCCCAACCUCAGCUGGAGGAAGAAGGGCAGUGACAACUUCCUGCCAGGGGACGAUCCACACAUCUCUGUCCAGGUCUGAUGAUGUCUCCAGUGUACAACUUUACUAUUUAUUUAUUUAUAAGUUUACUGAAGUUUACAUUCCCUUAUUGAAGUUGGACUUGCAUGUGACAUCUGGUGUAUUAUGUGACCUGUGUCUGGUCCUAUAUACACAGACUCCACCCUCCCUCUCCUCCUCCCAGGCUCGAGGUGGUCCGCAGAGGUACACAGUCUCUACCUGGCUGCAGAUACAGAAUCUUCACCUCUCAGAUGCAGGGAUUUACUCCUGCAUCUCCCACAAUGCACUGGGGGAGACGUCUGCGUCCGCCCGUCUCACGGUGCUCAGACAGGGUGAGACAGGGGAGCAAAUAGUUUCCAUAAAGCAUUCAAUCUGUAAGAACAAUAUUUUGCCCAGUCAAACACUGCAUAUGAUUUGAAAUUCAUGUUUUCACCAUGGAAUUUUUCAUUUUUCGAUCUGUCUCUACAUCAGAGCUGAGAGUUCUGAAAGGCCAUUUGAAUGAAGAAGAGGAUGAAGAGGAGUAUUACUAUGACGACACUGAGGAAGGCAGCGAUGAUGGGCAGCCAGAGUCUGGAGACUACUUGGGAUGAACUGUGGGUCUAUAUAACAACAACAGUGUUUAACUUACAGAAAAUGAACAAACUGACCAAAGGAGAGGUAUUAGGAGGAGCAAGAGCAUGUAGUCUGAGCAUGACGUUUAUUAACAAAAUAUCAUCAUACUUAGUAGAAUACCACAUAUCAAUAGACUAGUUUUUAUAUUAGUGUAUCAUACUAUGGCACACAUUAUCAUAGCAUGAAAAGAAUAAAGCACUGUUGUUAUCUUUUUGGAUGUUUGUAUGUCAUUAUUUGCAACGUC